AUGGAACAGAAAAGACUGCGGGUACUCAUUGCGUCCUACAACACCGCUCUUCAGGGUAACAAGGGCCUACCACAGGAUCUUGUCGAAUGGGUAACCCCGGCGCUUUCCCCGACGCAUGAUCUGCCUGCCGAGGACCAGGUUCCCCCGGACUUUGUUGCGGUCGGCUUUCAGGAGUUGCUGCCCCUCCAACUGGGAUGCGAGUUUUCCAAUAUGACUUGCAGCGUCUUAUCAACCCGGGACGCACUUAUCCGGCAACAACUUGAGAAGAACCUGUCCAUCGACAGUACUGAGCCCCAGAAGUACUCUCUGAUUGCCCAGCACGCCCGGGUUGGUAUUGCGCUCCUCAUCUACGCGCGGGAAGAGACGGUCGCAGGCCGAGUGAGGGACGUGCAGAUACGGGGAGUGGGGUGCGGGCAGUUGGGGAUGGGGAAUAAAGGUGCCAUCGGGGUGCGGUUCAGAUUAAGCGCGGAGGACGGCAUUGGCGAGGGCGAGAUCUUCACUUUCCUCACCUGCCAUCUCGCUGCGCACACGUACAACCUCCCCCAGCGAAUAAGAGACUACCAGACAAUCGUCUCCUCGCUUCUUUUCUCUCCCUCAGCCCAUUCCACCGGCCCAAGUCAAAUCUACGCCACCACGCACCUUUUUGUCUUCGGCGACCUGAACUACCGACUCUCCCAGGCACCCGACCCAGUGCAGCUGCUUACCGCUGGUGGGAGAGAGCAACUGAGGGAGGUAGACCAGUUGUGGAUGUCGAGGGAGGCGGGUAGAACCUUGCACGGAUUACAGGAAGGCGAAUUCUGGCGGUUUAGACCGACCUAUAAAUAUAUCAUGGGAAGCUUGGAGCAGUAUCACGGGAAACGUACGCCCUCAUGGACGGACCGCAUUCUCUUCGCGACACACGACACUAUCCCCAUCAAGCCUCUACUCUACACCUCCAUCCAAUCCUACACGACCUCAGACCACAAGCCCAUCAUGGCCCUGCUCCUCCUCCCGCCCGAGACGCACGACGCACGCCCGCCGCUGAUAGACGAUCGGGUUCCUUAUCCCGUGAAUAAGAAUGCCUGGCUCCGGAUCGCUCUGGGGACGACGCUGGAUCGCACCGUGGGGUAUGCGUGGUGUGUACUAUGGCUAACAGGAGGGGGCAGAACGAGUGUGGGUUUGCUGGCGGUGCUCGCCAUUCUGGGGGUGACCUUGUGGUGGUUUGGCGCGUUUAGCAGGUAG